AUGCACAAUGAGGUGGAUGGCAAGAAAGUUGGCUGGUACAACUAUGAGGGGCAGGCCGCCGAGAACAUGGAGAAGUACUGGAAACAGCUUCAGACCAAUGCUGGACUUGAGGUGAGGAUCGUGCACACGGACUAUAUACGAGGUGAACUUCGCCGACAUGGUGCAGAGGAACAUCAAGUCUGGGACGCGGCGGGUCGUUCGCCGCGUGGCCCCCGGCGAGAGGCCGGCGCCCGGGGCGCCGUCGAAGAUUCCAGACAAGGCCGAACCCGAGGAGGCCCCUCCCGUGGAGGGCCCGAGCGAGGACGAGGAUCCGACGCCGCGGACGGCUCCGAGGACGAGGAGGACGAGGAGGAGGAGGAGGACGGCUCCAUGACGCAGGCGACGAAGAAGAGGGCGGAGGCCUGA